AUGCGUUCUGAAUCUCGACUUCCAUUCCAUGAACUAGGGAUUGACGUUCUUCUCAACAUUAUAGCUUUUCUGCCCUCGUCGGAUGUGUUUAGUCUACGAAAGACGUGCAAGAUUGCCCACAAAGCUUCAACACAGCUGUCCAUUUGGAUAUCUGCUGCUCAAAGGAUGAUGAAGGACAACUGCAUUCCAAGCUUUACGUUUACCCUCGAAUCAAUGGACCGGCCUGCCCUCGAGCGUCUGGUGUUAUCUCCUAGCCUCUUUUAUCAAGCCAUUGUACAUUCGGACGAAGAGUUUGCGCAUCCCCAUUCCGUUCAGAUUCCUGGAUAUACUGCCACUUUUCUUGCACCAGGUGGCAGAUACCUGGUAACAUCGUCUAUUGCUAUGAUGUCAAGUGGUGGAAAUGGAACGCUCGCUCAGGUCUGGGACCUUGGAAUACCGAAGCAUAGAGGCAGUAAUAAACUUCUCGAAACUUGGGUGUUAGGACAGGGCGACGAAUUCUUCCCAAAAUUGCUGGUGCCUACCGCUGACGGGCGGGGACUGUCUCUUAUUUCGAUAGAAAGCCAGAGUACAGUCCACGUUCAUCAAGUUUUUCCCUGCUCUCGUCACAUCCCGCAUAUCGUUUUCGACCUGGGAGAUGGAGCCGUCGUUGUGUCGCUCUCGUUCUCUGACAAUCGCCUUGCGUGUCUCCUUGCUUCGUGGAGAAUUGUAGUAUGGGAUUUGAAGGACGACAGGUACACGAGCUGGCGCACAUAUCUUGGACCUGAACCCAUUGGCUCUCCUACUUCCUUUAAACUCUUCGGGGAUGCGAUCGCCAUCGGAUAUCGCGGCAAAGUUUUCCUAUGGGACUUUUCUUGGGAAAGUAAUUUCGCGAGAGACUUCCAAGUGUCCCGCAUCAUGUCAAGAUAUCGACCAGGCGCUAUUCACUCUCACCUGCUUUUCGACGAGGAUAACGAUGACUUUAUUGAAAGCGGAUUCGACGACACAAAACUUACUUUCCUCCCUAACUCCGCAUGGUCUUCAUUCCAUGGCGCCCCGACUAGGAACUUCGUAGGAGUUUUCUAUCCCCCAAGAUUUGGACUCUACCAACUUCGUACCCACAAGACGCCGGGUCUCUACCCAGGCACUGUUACAACUGAUGUAUCCCUGGGUCACCUAAUGAUGUUCGAAAAACUGGAAAUCGACCAAAACCCGGGCAAGUUCAGUGAUAUCCGGCCCUUGGACACAGACCAUGGUAUAUUUCUGGAGCAUCAUGGAGAAUCCGUCCUUGCCCAUUACAUUAUUGACCUCGGAAGCGACAAUUACCCUGGCAAGAUAUGGAUGGACCCCGGUCUCGAAAGAGAAGACUAUAAUGUCAUUCAUUCAGAGAUUUGCCCGGCAACAGGACGAUUGUGCCUACAUUUGGAUGACAACAACCUCUACAUCAUCGACUACCUACCGCACGGGAACAACUGA